AUGAGCUCAACAAACUUUGCUGCUGCACAGGAGCGGUUGCUUGAACGCCGUCGCCUUCGGGAGGCAGAAGCGCGUGCCCGGCUGGCAGAAGAACAGCGGGCAUCUCCGAUCAACCCGGCCACCGUCGAACGUCUUCCAUAUCCCUUGAACAGGGUCCCCGGAGCAGGAUGGAUGGUUUGGAACUCGGUUAAGGGUCGAGAUGGCACCCGGCCGGCGUUUCGUGUCGGUCAGGUAGAUGCCGAAUUGCUGGAUGAGGAGCUACUGGGCCUGUUGAAGGGCCAGGUUGGAGAUGCUCUCAAGUACUUCGGGCCCCAGAUGCGAGAAGACUGGUCCCAUGAAAUUCUAUUCGCCCUCCGCGCCAUUCUUUUUAAACUCUCGAUCUGGGACCACAAUGCCUCAUACGGAGCCGCGCUGCAAGGUUUGCAAUACACAGACAGUCGCAGUAAGGGUCCAGUUCAUUCGCCUCCCACUAAAUGGCAAAAAACAAUGUAUGGCUUGCUCACUGUCGGCGGUCGCUAUGCCUGGGACAAAUGGGAGAGCUGGUUGAUCGGGCAGGAGGGGUCUGACCGUUAUAUGAAGCCAUCACAGGAAGUCCGGAUGUUCUCGCGCCUGACGGACCUAGCUUCCACCACACAUUCGGUUGCCGCCUUCGUCUCUUUCCUUGUCUUCCUCGUUAACGGACGCUAUCGCACCCUGAUCGACCGCAUUCUCCGUAUCCGUCUUACACCACCGUCUGCCCAAGCGAGCAGAGAGGUAUCUUUUGAAUACUUGAAUCGGCAGUUGGUCUGGCAUGCUUUCACCGAGUUUCUCUUGUUCUUACUUCCACUUGUUGGCAUAAGUCGUUGGCGACGAUGGAUAUCUCGUGCAUGGCGAAAAACUGUCAAUGCGCUCAGAUCUAGCGGGGAUGAGGAAGGGUCGGAUAAAAAGCAAGGAGAACUGGCUUUCCUCCCCGAAAGAACAUGCGCCAUCUGCUAUCGGGAACAGAACCCCGCUGCAACCACUGAAGGCGAGGUGCUUGCAGCCUCCGCCUCCGCCGGUGGCCUUACGGGUUCCGCACAGACAGAUAUCACAAACCCGUACGAAACGGCCCCCUGUGGCUGUAUCUAUUGUUUCGUCUGCAUCGUGGAGAAACUAGAGGCAGAAGAAGGCCAGGGGUGGGUCUGUCUUCGCUGUGGUGAAAUUGUCAAGAAAUGUCAGCCUUGGAAUGGUGACGUCCUGGAGGAAGCGCGGUCGCAGCCCAGCACUGGAAAGAUCGUCGGAUUCGUCAUGGAUGAAGAGCCCCAAGAUAACUCUGGGCCCACGGACGAGACCCGGGAAAAGCCCGACAAAUCCAGUCCUUUAGAGGAGAUUACUGCAGACGAGGCCUUGCAACAUUCUGGUCAAUGGUCGAGUGAAGACCAAGAGCCCGCAGAUCAGGAUCAGAUGACUGAAAAUGGCUUUGCAUAG